CUUGAGGAGAAAAAUGUGCCUGGUCAGCAACCUUGGAGGUGGCCUCUCGAAUCCUUUCUUUUUCCCCUUUGCCUUGGUGGGCUCUACUCGAAUACAGUACAGGUGCUCGAGUACUGUACUGUACUCAUACUGGUAUUGUGCGAGGUCACAUUUUGAGCGGUCCAUGGCGGACUCGACGCGGUGCUGCGGAGAUCGACUCUUGGCCCUUUUAUCAUAAGGGCAAUCGCUUGCACGAUACCUGUGGUGUAUGGUACAUUAGACUCCCGGCACUCGCACCUUUUUGCUCACUGCCGCACCCGUGGACGAUGAACCUCACGAUCGAGCAGAGUUGGUACAUAACCUAUUCCUCACAGCCAACCAACCAACCAACCAACCAACCAGCCAGCCAACCAGCCAACUUGCCAACCGCCCGCCAAGAACCCAGAUCCUACCAAUCGAACGAGUGCUCCAUGAUGUGCAGGAUACGAGUAAGAUAUGGCCCACACGUGGGUCCCGUAAGUGAAAGUGAGUACUCGAGUAACUGCACCCGCCACGACCACCAACAUGCCCAAGGCGUUUACAAUUCAUCCUUCUCACAGCGCGUCGGUUUGGGUUACAUGUCACAAUUUAAUUGUCUUUUCCUAGACAUACCGCUAUUACUUGAACCAUCGUCAACACUCCCUGCCAUUGGAAGCGAUGGCUAUCAAUCCCAGCCCUGUCGCCGGUGAUCCCUCGUUCGUUCGUCCGUUCGUCGCACGGAGUGCUCGGGUACCGCGAGGUUACUGAAAGGGUGCAAGCGUCAACUCACUCCCCUGCGGGGUCGGCGGGGUCUGUUACCGGUACUUGCUGUGGACGUGACCUUGUCCAGGGAAUUUAUUAAUACAGCGACGGGAAGUGGUUGCGGUUGCAAGAGUUGUUUCCGGAGAGUUACAGUUACCACAAUGGGUGCGGGUGAGCGGGUGGGUGGCUACUAGUUUAGUUCGUGAGGGGAAACAUGCGAGUACAGUGUGGCGAAAUCGAGAUAUCCUCUUGCUUGUUUCGGCCGAUAUUCUGGGUCUUUGGUCCAGAAUUAGUCGUUCUCAUUACAUGCAUGGAUACUCGAAUAGAGCACGCUACCGUAUUGAUGAUGAUACCUUCUGCGUUUCGGGGGAGGAAGGGAGGGAGAGGAAGAGAGGAUUGAAUUGGAAGUUCACUGGCUAAAUUGGUCGUGCAGAGUACAGUAGGAUGCGACGUGUGUGUACCGUAGGUAUCGCUAUCAUAUCGUGCUUUUUCCGCCAUGGUACGAGUGCACGCCAUUCCUUUCCAAUUUGACCUAUUUCUUGGCUCUCCCAUCGUGAUAGGCGGACUCUGCAAUCGUCCAAACAACGGCUGGCAAGUAUCGUGAAUGACGAUUAAACGUGGGAGGGAAGGGCCAGGAAAGAAGUGGGAAUGCUAGGGUGACCGGAUUGUGAGGAGCCUCUAACGAAUCUAACGCACCUGGGAACCUGAGUCCGGGUUUGAAUUCUACUGUACUGUACUCGUACCGGUAGUCUACUAAUUCUACUGUACUCGAGUAUUGGACCCCAGCCGUCAUUACGUGCAGAUGAGGUAAGUAAGUUUGCUUCGUUGGAGCUUUCUCCUUCAUGUGCCCCACACAGCUACGGCUCGCUCACUUUUUUCUCUCUUUUCCUCACUCUCGACGAGUAUGAUAACUCACCCCUCUUUUCCUUGCCGAUCGAGAUGAUGGGAGCAGCGUCUAUUUGCUUGGUUCGGUGAGGGACGAACAUCGGAGCGCUUUUUGUCUUCCCCUCCAUCCGGGACCUUGGUUGGUUCGUGAGGAGAAUUUUGCUGCUCGAGGGGUAAUGGGGAAAAAAAAAAUAAGGACUCCCCCUACCUUGUCGGUUCAAUUGCUUGUGUGAGCUCAUCAAAUCAUGGUUGGCUGAAAAUCGAUCAUCUGUGGCACUCGUACUCGAGCUCAAGUACCGUACUGUACUGCACCGUACCCUUAGGGUCCGGUUACAAGGACGAAUGGAAGAAUCCACCACGGAAGAUAUAUGUGCCAGCAGAAGGCCCUUUUCCCCCAUGUUCAUUUUGUCUGCUUUCUUUUUCCAUUUGAAGCUGCACGAAAUGACCAGUGUUGCAAACCCCCGUACUUAUGAAAAGCGCAGACAGGAGCCUUCAGCCGUGCCUCCAAUGAGAGAAACGGGAGACUGCGAAAGAGAAAAGGCCCCAGAGGAAUUUCAGCCCUUUUCCCACCUUUUGCCGUCGACAACGGCAACCAAAGAGCGAGCACAGCCGCCGAGAGAAUGGCACGGGGGGGGUAAAGGACUCAGGGUUUAUUGCCUGGGAGAUGUGUGCGAGCGAAGGUACUCGAGUACCGUACCGUAAGAGAACGCGAGAGGGAUGGCAAUCACGGAGUGCUGAAAAAUUAAAAAAGAAAAGAGGGUGUGUGUGGAUGGCGUGGUGAGUGGCACUGAGCGGUGGUCGGUGGAGGCGGUGGUGGGACAUCAUAGGUAAUACCACCGUCCAUUCGAGUACCAGCGGCGAAUCCUCACCUCGAUAACUCAUCCAUCAUACAGAUUUUCACCCCUACACCCUCCUCCCUCUCCUUCCACAAAAAACAUACUCUGACGCGCUCAUUUUAUUCGUCCGCCGCAAGAGUCGGUUCCUGUUCGAGUUAUUACGGCACCGCUUAUAUCAGUUUGAGGCAAAGAAUGAGUACAGUAGGAAAUGGAGAGGUGGGUGGGGAAGACGGACGAAUAACCUUUGGCGACAAGGUUGGUCCAACAUAGCAAGCAACCAUAAGCCAACCAUUUUGUUAACAUCACCUUUUUUCUUUUUUCUCUCCUUCUCCCUAUCUGGUCCUUGUCGGUCGACUGAACCAGGCGGACAACAGCAGGGACAUUCACAAAGGCUAACCCCCUCACACACACUCUCUCCAAAAAUAAAGUCCUGGCCGCGAGUCGCAGGUCCCAUAAUCCAUAAUAAACGGAGGCCCGCUCACUCUCUCGCUCCCCUCCCCACUACGGUACAUGACCGAAUGAUUGAUUCCUGUUGAUUCCCUUCGACCCAUCUCUACCAACCGUCGGAAACAGUCCGGUGUACGAGUACGACUUGAGCAGUGGCGUGUCAAAAAGAAAUAGGAGGAAAAAAACGCAUUCAAUCAUUUAUCUGCCCAGUGAAUGAUAGCUUUGAAAUCCAGGGAAAGAGAAGAAAAUUGGGUUUCCAUGACAUCUAACUUGCCAUAAUAUCGGCCACUUUCUCUCCGCCUUUUAAUUUGUUUACCCGGUUUUUUUUUUCUUCUUCUUUCCACCUACAGUUUUUUAUUCCUGUUUUUUCCGGUUAUUUCGAGCACGACCAUUCCGGUUCUCUUUCAUACAGCAUUGUAUAACGCCCCUUUGCCACCCAGGUCGGUAUAUUAUUCACGGACUCUGCUGCACUGCAACUGCUUUCCUUGAUCCUUUUUUACGAAAUUUUUCAACUACCAACGUUCCACCAAUAUGAGUUCAUCAGGCCCUUCACACUUUCUACACAGGGCAUCAGACGAUAGCGACAGCAGUAUGGUCACCUCCAGAGAUAGCGCUGCAUCACGAAGCACGGUGCCGAGUUCGUUACCAUCGUUAGAACAACAUGAAUCAAAGACCACUUCUCCUGCGGAAUCGGAGAUCUUUGAUUACCAUCAUGCCCAUGAUCCCCGUGAGUCGGUAAAUACGUACUGCAGCACGGUUGCCUCCUUUGAAGAUCUGGUCGACGAAGACUACCCCUAUUACGAGCCCCACCCAUAUGGACACCAUCACAAGGCGCCACCACCACCGCCGCAGGCCGUGCCUUCGACUCCCUCAGAGUUUGGCGAACUCUUUCCAUCGACCAGAUACCUUUCCAUCCGUCAUGACGAUUCGACGCUUGACGGGAAUAUGAACCUGAGGGUUGACACGAAUGUGGCUGCCGUUGGUGAUGCUGGGAAGAAUGUUACGCUUUUUCAUCUUCGCAUGUAUGAUUUGAAGACGCGCGACUUUUCUCUUCGACGAUAUGGGCGCGAUUGUGGACGCGAGGUCGCUCACAUUAAGCGAAAGACCAUCAAACCCACACCACAGCGACCCAAACUUCAACGCUCAGUCAGCAAGGCCUUGCAUAGCUUUCGAGGAAAGACGGAGGCGGAACCAGUAGUAAAGUUGAAUCGUCAGGACAGUGGAUACUCAUCAGGUUUUGACGAGGAGGAGGAGGAAGAGCCCAAAUCCUCAAGCGAAGCCAUCCAGAACACCAACAUUUGCACGUUAGAGUUCUCUAAUUAUGCCCAUGUUGAUUUGACCAGGCGUGGGGGAAAGGGCUCGAAAAAGUAUGACUUUGAGUACUGGGGAAAAAGCUAUUCAUGGAAGAGGGUUGUUAAGCAAGUUGGGCCGCAUGUUGGUGCCGAGGAAAUUUCAUAUCAGCUCGUCAACAACGGUACCGGAAAUGUUGUUGCCCACAUCAUGCCUGAUCCACUCUCGCCCGAUCAGGCGCAAGCCGAGGAGGCUAAAGGCGGGCUUGUCCCUCCAUGUUCAUUUUUGCUCAGGGAUUCUAUUCAAGAUCCUAUUGUAUCGUGCCUAGCGGACGUUGCCGAGUAAGUCUGAUUCUGGCCCAUUCCAUCGCAUCAUAUGAGAGAAAUCAAGAGAGAAAAAAAAAUGAGAGUCGAGGAAAUGAUGAGUUUUUUUUAUAUCCCUCCAAGCAUCUAACAUUUCGCUUUUCUCUAGCGUUAUUAUGGCCACUGGUUUGACGGCGCUCGUUGAUGAUUCCAUCAAGCGCAGGUUUCACAAGAAAAAGACGGUCCAAUUGGUUUUACCCAUGCCAAUGAUCAAGAAUCCCAUGAAGAUGAACCUGGAAUAUGUCGGGCCGAAACGUCUCAUCGACGAGGUCUUCAACCGAAGACCCACUCUGUCGAGAAGUCAAUCAGCGCAGAGCAGUCAGGGUCCGCUCCCGAUCAGGUCGAGGACCGUGUAACCCUAUCUGCUGUCUUUCCCCUCAAUCAACCCUUCCGUCGGGGAAGAAGCUUUCAACAUAUGAACAAUAGCCGGUGUUCAACUUUUUUUGGGGGCGUUCUCCCUCUCUCUUCCCCUCUCUCCCUCUCGCUCUCCCUUCUCAAGUACAUAAUAUUUUGUGCAUAUCAUUUAUUAUUUGGUUCCAUUUUUUUGGGAGGUCUGGCGUUUUUAUUCCUCACUUUCGCAUCAGAGCAGGGCGGCCUCUCUCUGGUAAGAAGUACUUUAGGGUCGGUUGGUUAGUUGACUGGGUGUUUGGGUUAUAUCUCUCGCGUUAUCAGCUCUCUCUUCUAUCUCUUUCUCUCCUUCCCCCCCCCCCCCCUUCGCGGGGGUGUGAUGCGAUGAGAAUUGAGGGGAGAAAACAACAUCGGAACGGCGAUGCGGUGUUCGGCAUUUUAGAGGAUAUCCUUCUUCUUUCCAGCUCGUACCUAGACGGCUGGCAAAGAAAUGUUAUCCAUUGUUUCGUUUCCUCCCUUCUCUACGAGUAAUAUUUUUCUUCCCGUUUUUUCCCUCUCUUUUACUCGGUAUGGUAUAUUCGCUUUUUUGCUAAGUUUUUUCUUCUUCGUUGAAUUAUUGAUGGAUUGAUUUGUCCCAGACUCAUCGCUAGCAAGAACGAAAGAAAAGAAGUGUAUGUGGGUGAGGAUCAUUACCGGAUUGUGGUGUCUCUUUCGAGGAUUUUUGUUUUCUCUUGCAGAAAGAUGAUUCUGAGAACUAAAACUCCAUACACGUGCGGUCAUCACAUUCUUGGAUGGGGAUGGGGGGGCAUUUUUUGUGUUUUUUUAAUUUUAUUUUGAGUUUCGAUGUCUUUUGUCUUUUGUCUUGUUUUCAUUCAGGUUCACGCCCGGAUAUGUAUGUAUGUAUGUAUGUAUGUAUGUCACGUACUCGAGUACCCGAGUACUCCAGUAUGUGUGU